AUGAUUGGAGUAGAGAAGAUCGCUUUGAACUAUUCUCUGUUGGACUAUGAAUGGGGAAAGUUACAGAGUUUAAAUGUAUAUGGUGUCUUUAAUGUGAACUACACCAUUGACGAUUUCAGCAGUGAGAAUGUUGUUGUAUUUAGUGUAAAUGUAUCAGUCUGCUUUGAGUCACUUAAAAAAUGUGAAUUCAGUUUUACUGUGUUGAAAGAAGCAAGACUUGCAAAACCUUCCUGUGACUUUGAUAAGACUUUUACAAUAACAGACUUUUCUUUGAGGUCAUAUUUAACUGAAAUUGGUUUAGAUGGAUCUACCUCACUAUUACCAGCACACCAAAUAUCAGAAUUAUUGCAUUACCUAGAUAUAGCUCAGUUCUUACUUCAAGACCAGUGUAAUCAGCAGGAACUACCAUUUGCUCCAAGCAAAAAUGGAUGGAAUAAAGGAUGCCCGAAACAGUUGAGUCUUCCACCACUUGACAACACAACCAGAUGUCAUUUACAUGAUUUUUGUACUGGUGUUACGUGUUGUACAGAUGUCAGAAUACUUGACAGGACUGUAACAACUUACUUCAAGUUAGAUCCUUGUAACUGGAAACUUUUUAUUGGGAUAGAGAGAAUGACUCAUACUAUAAAUCUUUUAGACUACAAGUUUGGCAAGUCAGAACAUUUCAAGUUACAUGGUCUUAUUCACCUUGAUUUUAUCAUUGAAGAAUUUAAGAUAUCAAGAAUGUACAUGGUAAACUUAAAUUUGAGUGUUUGCUUUGAAACACAUUAUCCUUGUGUUAUACAUGUGACUGUGUUGAGAAAUACACAAUUACCAAAGCGAAUCUGUAACUGGAAGAGUGAUUUUAUUGAUUCAGAUUUUUCAUACCGAACAUUUUUACAAGAAAAAGGACUACCAGAAGAUCAAACUCUAACUAACUAUCAUAUGAAAGAUUUGAUGGAAGAAUUAGGGAUCAGUGAAUUUCUGCAAGGACAAGAGUGUUAUAAAAGUCAGAGAUCAUUGUCUUCAUUAAUGAAUGGAUGGGAAAAUGAAUGUAAAAUACCAAUGUCAAAGCUGCCUAAAAAUCCAGAAUUCGUUACGUGUAAAAUUAGAGAAUCCUGUACAUCUUUAGAAUGUUGUUUAAUCGCUGGAAAACUUGGUAGAUCAUUUAAGCUAUUUAUAGAAAUUGAACCAUGUCUUUUCCAACUGAGAUUAGGUAUAGAAGAGAUGACUUUUAGCCUGCUUUUAUUUGAAUUUGAAUGGGGACAACCAGUUGAGGCCUGGUUGUUUGGUCUUGUGAGAAUGAAAUUUACCUUUACUGACUUAAGUGCCGAAAAUCAGUAUUUGUUUGACCUUUCUGUAAGUGUAUGUCUGGAAGCUGCGAAAACAGAACCGUGUUAUAUUGUUGUUAAUAUCCUGGAAAAAUACAGACUACCAAAACCAAAAUGUGAUUGGAAUACUAAAAUUUCAGUAGCAAGUGAAUACAGUUUGUAUGAUUUCCAAAGUGAAGGAAUAUACAUCAUGAAUUUAACAUUUAGCUUUUGUUUGGAUGAUACAUGUGACAGUGAAGAUAGCUUUUCAGUGCCUGUGCUGGAAAAUGUUAAACUUCCAAAACAAAAAUGCCAUUGGAGAGAUAGUUACAGAGUUAAAGAUUUUUCUUUAGGACAGUGGUCAAAAGAAAAGAAUACGGAACAAUCAUCAGUACUUCCUGACUACUACAUUUCUGAAUUGUUGGAACAGUUAGGACUGACAUAUUAUUUAAUGGAAAAACAGUGCAGAGUAAAUAAUGAAACUAAUGGAUGGAAAUCAGGUGAUUCAAUUUGA